GGCUCUACCAAUGUCUUGAUUUCAAACUUCCAGCCUCCAGAACUAGGCCAAAUGGAGGCUUCCCAAGGACCAGACUCUUUGGGAACACUAAGAGGCAACACCCUUGGCAUGGGCUAUGUUCUCAUGAUGGACAGUGACCCUGGAAAAGUUUCAGCCUCGGCAAAGCCUCAGCAAGUGGCCCUGCAAGCAGAAGCUGGACAUGUGGGAGCUGGGGCAGAAGCAAAAUAACAGGGCAGAAGACCAUGGCAACUGCGAAGGAAAGACUGUCUCCUGCUGCUGCCACCCGUUGGCUGUGCCCCCACCUGGAAACCAGCUAUCAAGGGAGCCUGGGGCAAUAGGUGGCAGGAAUCAGAGACUCCUGGAAACAGAAGAGGAGGAAGACAUUGCCAUGGAGAGCAGAGAAGUUGAGGCCAUGUGCUGGUCUUGUCCUGUUUUGCUCUUAGAUUUAUUCCCUGUCCCCACUCUACCCUGUUCUGUAUCACAGAGAAUUACUUUUUCCUUGUUCCUUUGCCCUCUGGUUUCUGGGUCACUUCAGCCAUUGGAUGGCCCUGAAGAGACAGCAGAAAGGGAGAAGCUGGGUAUUUCUCCCCACUUCUCUCAGCUUCAAGUAUUGUCUCUGGCAGCGGCCAUCUCUUCUACGGACUCAGCUCUUGCUCCAAGAGCUUCUGUGGUUCCAGCUUUUCCGUGGUGGCUGGGCUCCUUUUGUCCCUUAAGCUUUAGGCAGCGGUAGCAGCUUUCUGCUCUUGAUAAUCUCAAGGAUGCCUUACUCUCCCACUUUAGGCUUCUUGCCUUUGUCAUCUCCUGAUAUUAAAUCUCUUCUUUAAAAUAUCAAGAAUAUUUAGAAUCCUGACUGACAGAGGAGACUAUCACAUGGAAGAGCCUCAACCUCCCCAGAAAAGCAUGAGGGAAAUGAAAAUAAACAGGGCUUGCAUAUCAUCGAUAUGGAAAAACUUCCAUUGAAUCUGUCACUGCUUGUGCCUAUUCCCUCCUCUCACUGGGGCCUCCAGUCCCUCAACCACCAGUGUUCUGGUCCACUUUUUAGCCUGGCUUGCCCUUCAUACCCCUGGAGAUCAGGAGCAGUCAUAUCAGCAAUAUUCUAUUAGAAUUCUUGAUUUGCCUGCUGACUUGUCCUUCUGCUGGAGCUAUUUUAUCAAUCCCUAUCCCUGAGUACAGUAAAUUAUCUAUUUUCUCUCUUCCUGCUUUUUUUUUACUGGAUAAAGGAACACGACCUGGCCAAAAUUUCUUCUCCUGGGAUGUUUGUCUGCCUUGCUAUUUAUAUCCAUUGUACCCAUUUCCAACAACCAUGCACCCAUGGCUUUACCCAGAGUCCCUGGAAUCUUUUCAGGUUCAUGUAAACUUAAAAUUUAUGCAAAGGAAAUCCACUAAGGAUUGGAGACCAAAAAACAGAUGUAUGAUAUCAUGCUAUAAUUUCACACACACAGAAUUAUUUUAAAAAUAGAA